AUGGAAUUUAAAUAUCAAGCUGAAUCAGGAUUACAACUAUUACAAAGACUUGUAGCACGUCCAGUUAUUAAAAACUUAUCACCUUUAUUAUCAGAUGAAUUAACUAGCGAAAUCAUAGAAAUAAUAGGAAAUGCAUCAACAGGAAAAACAUUAUUUUUAACUGAAUGUAUUGCUAAAUGCAUUGCCCCUCAACAUCACAAUGGCUUAGAUACUGGUGUUGUUUAUAUUGAUUUAGAUGGACAAUUUGAUAUAACCAAACUUGUAACAGUUAUUAAACGUUUAAUUAAAGAUGCUGAUGAAGAGUUAGUUAAGUCUUGUUUAAAAAAAUUAACAUUGAUAAAUUGUUACGAUAGUCCUACAUUAUUUGUUAUUUUUCAAAAACUAAAACUAUUUCUUGCUGAAGAUCAUCAAGUGGGCUUGGUUAUUUUGGACAGUGUAUCUGCAAAUUAUUGGCAGGAUUCAAUAUCUGGUGGUGAAAAGCAUAUGGAUACAUAUGUGGAAAAAAUGAUAUCCUUAUUAAAAAUUUGUUUAAAAGAUUUUAAAGUGCCUAUUAUUUUCACUAAACAAAGUUAUUUUCAGUCAAAACAUGAUGAUUCGUGCUUAGAUUUCAUAAAUCGUAGAAUUUUGCUCCAGAGACUAGAUUCUGGUUAUUAUGCAACAGUAUCAAAGAAAAAUAUAAAUAUUUGUUAUAAAUUUACAAUUGAUGCUUAUGGUAUUAGCAACAUUUGUUUACAAUCAAAACAAUAA